AUGUCAAAUCUACCUCCACCCCCACCACCACCCGCAGUAACUGCCGCCAACCAGCCAAACAACCCAACGGUUGUCCCCGCUCCAGCUGUUCCUCCAGCUGGCCCUCCCAGUUCCGUCCUGGUACAUCUUCUGAUCUACAAUGGCUACCCCUUCAAGGACCACUGGGCAUACUUUGUCCAGUCCCGUCAGCACAAACAUAUUGGCGUGAAGAUUCAUGCGACUGGAGACGUGCGCACUGGCUUCAUAUUCGAGGUAAAGCGCAACCAUAACCUGGAGGCGACGGAGGAUAUCCCUACGAAAGUAGUCCCACUGCAGUGGGUAGAUGGGGCAUUGUUCGAUGAGGCUACAAUCAGUGGGGACGAUGAAAAAGAAGAGGCCAUAGACAAUAAACCUGUUGGUGAGUUUGAGGAGGCGUUGUACAAGGUGGAUGUUCCAGGGAAGUCGCUUGUCGGUAUUGAUGAUGUCCCCAGAGAAGGGGCUGGAAGGAAGGUUACACAGAGGGACUGUCAGACGUGGAUUGUCGAGUCUGCGGACCAGCUUGUCAAGGAUGGAAUUUUUAAAAGCGAGGUUGUAGACUACCUUCGUGCAGCUCAGCAGUGA